GAGAUAAUGUACCUGUAUAUCCUGGCACUGGUGCCCCUAUGGUGCGUCUAUCGCUGGUACAAGGAAAGGAAAAGAGUGCCCAACAAGGAGGAUAAAUAUGUCUACAUCACUGGCUGUGACUCUGGGUUUGGUAAUCUCCUCGCGAGACACCUGGACACAAAUGGCUUCAGAGUGAUUGCAGGUUGUUACACUGAGAAAGGUGAAGAUGAGCUGAAGAAGGCCGCCUCCGACAGACUGGUGACCUUUCACCUGGACGUCACCGACUCUGAGAGUGUCAGCAAAACAGCAGCUUCCAUCAAGACUCUGGUUGGACAGAAGGGCCUGUGGGCUGUGGUGAACAAUGCUGGAGUCAGUCAUCCGUCUGCUCCCACCGACUGGCUCACCAUAGACGACUACAAGGCCAUGCUAGCUGUCAAUCUGUGUGGUGUUAUAGACGUAACACUGAGCGUCCUCCCUCUCAUCAAGAAGGCCAAAGGCAGAGUGGUGAACGUAGCCAGUGUGUUUGGACGAGUCAGCCCGUUUGGUGGACCUUACUGUGUCUCCAAGUAUGGAGUGGAGUCCUUCAACGACGGUCUGCGAUUGAACAUGAUACCUUUUGGAGUCAAGGUUGCAUGCAUUGAGCCGGGCUUCUUCAAGACAAAUGUGACUGAUAUGGUGAUGAUUAAAAAAAACGUGAGGAAGCUUUGGGACAGAUUACCUCAGGAUGUGAAGGACGACUAUGGACCAGAUUACUUGGAAGCAUCUCUUGAAUUAUUGGAACACAAUUUUGGUUUGUUGACUGACAGCAAUCUGAUGAAGGUGGUCGGCUGCAUGGAGCACGCCAUCUCUGCUGUGCAUCCUCGUACUCGCUACUCCGCCGGAUGGGACGCAAAGUUCUUCUGGUUGCCUGCAUCGUACAUGCCAACAUUCAUCUCAGACAGAUUUUUCUGUCAUAUUAUGCCCUAA